GUCAACUCGAACGUGCCCUCCCAGUGUCUAUGAUUUCCUCAGGAACAAUCACCGCACUUUGACGGUUAACGAGUGUUGAGGCUUUUGAGCCAUGGCUCCUACGUUCUGCCCAUACUGCUGCAACUGCCUCACACUCGCACGGGCACCAGGAAAUGACAAAUUUCCACAUGGUCGCAACGCGUUUGCUUGUAGGACAUGCCCUUACCUGUUCAUCGUCGACCGGCAGUACUUCGACCCCACAUGGAUGAAGAAGAAAGAGAAGGACGAUAUCCUCGGAGAAGAGCAGUCUGAUCUGCCAGUCAACGAAGUUCCCGGAGGAUGCCCGAACGAGGAAUGCGACUCCAAGAAGGCCUACUUUUAUCAGUUGCAGACACGAAGUGCAGACGAACCACCGACCUCUUUCUUCAAGUGUAUUGAAUGCGGAAAACAGUGGAGAGAAUACUGAUACAUCAUACAAUAUCAAUUGUCUCCUCAAAAACAGACUGCGUUUAAUCUUCCCGCUCGGAUGUCAAGUGCAGGGAAACUGGCCCAACCGAGUCCCCUUGGUGAACAGGAGGAAGCAAUGGACUAGGUCAAGGGUACACUUGGUCGCCUGGCAGAAAAUUGCCUUGAACACGGCUGGUUUUUCGGUCAAGGGAGCCUCUGCAGCAAAGAGCGAGAAAAGCUCGCACACAUAUCAACGCUAUAGCCAACUUGAGGGGCGAAUGGUUGGAGUCAAAAGUCGCGCAUCGCUGUCGUGACCGACUGCCGCCUUGACCUACGCUCUGCAACGGCUAACAGCUUGAUAUCAGAGCGGAUGAUGCUCUGAUCUGCGAAUGACUGGACAGCGACUAGCAUGGAAAGCAAAGGCAUUCGGGCAUAACUUCUAGAGGCCGCCAGAAAAGCAUGGAGCAUACAGGGGAGCGCAAAUCGCAGGAUGAGUCAGUGCUAUUGAUACCGCACAGGAGUCGCUGGUGCCAUGGGUGCACAUAAGUCUUUGGACCCAAGUCAGAUGGAGUUGAUGACCGUUAACUCCGUGAGAAGGCGAGCUAUCGAAGUCAAAAGAACUCAGCCGUCACAAAGAGAAAAGCUUGGAUGCUGAAAAUUUGCCGGAAGACGAUCGUUCUGGAGAGUCUCUGGUGACUUUGAUGGCAAACUCAUCUCGAACUUGGUAGCUGGUGGGUAAAUAGCAGAGUGGUUGCCACAGAUAUGGCAGCCUCGGGGAGAAUUUUUGAACAGAUUGUCGUAUUCCAAUUGGCUGGAGCUGGUAUGAGGCGAC